GGGGAGGUGAUUGCUGUCAGAGCUGGCCAGAGAGUCAAACUGGGAAAAUGCUGGAGUGACACAGAAUGGCAGCCAAAGAGGAGCAGAUCCUCUGUGUUGGGUUAGUCUGCUUGGAUAUUAUUAACGUGGUUGAUAAGUUUCCAGUUGAAGACACAGACACUCGAUGUAUAUCUCAGAGGUGGCAACGAGGGGGAAACGCCUCCAAUUUAUGCACAGUUCUCUCAUUACUUGGUGCUCCCUGUGGAUUCAUGGGCUCUCUUGCACCUGGGCAAGUUUCGGAUUUUAUUUACGAUGACAUCAGACGAUAUGGGAUUGAUGUGACUAAUGUGAUUGUUCAUGCAGAAUCAUCCUUCCCAGCCUCCAUUAUCAUCAGCAACAUAAGCAAUGGUUUACGCACCAUCCUUCACACAAACAGUUUCAUAACAGAUGAUUUUCAAAGCAGAGGUAUUAAUGUAUCCAACAUUGUGUGGCAGCAUGUGGGAGUUACACCUUGUGCUUGCUGCCUUGUGAACAGUACCAAUGGCUCACGAACAGUCAUACUGUCCGACAUGAAUUUACCAGAUGUUACCCCAGAAGAUUUUAGGAAAAUUGAUCUUUCACAUUACAAGUGGAUUCACUGGGAGGGCAGAAAUGCAUCUGAGCAGCUUGCCAUGAUACAGCAAGUGGAGCACUACAAUGCCAAUGUGCCAGCUGAACAGCAAAUUACCACCUCUGUGGAGAUUGAGAAAACAAGAGAAGAACUGUACCAGCUCUUUGGGCAUGGCGAUGUGGUCUUUGUCAGCAAAGAUGUUGCCAGACAUUUUGGAUUUAAUUCAGCAUCAGAAGCAGUAAAAGGACUUUACAGUCGGGUGAAACGUGGUGCAUACCUCGUCUGUGCAUGGGCUGAGAAAGGAGCUGAUGCAAUGGGUCCUGAUGGGGUCUUUCAUUCAAAUGCCUUUCCUCCUGAAAAGGUUGUGGAUACUCUUGGAGCUGGAGAUACUUUCAAUGCAGCUGUAAUAUUUGGACUGUAUAAUGGCAAGUCUAUUCAGGAAGCACUGACAUUUGGCUGCCAAAUUGCUGGGAAAAAGUGUGGGAUUCAAGGAUAUGAUGGAAUUGUCUGAGGAAACCCAAAAUAUAUUGGAGGAAUGAAUAACUAGAGUUGAUUGAAAUGAGAAAAUUCUGCACGAGCCUCAAUUUUUGAUUCUGUAGCCAUCUGAUAUACAAAUAUAUAAAAAUGUUUUGGUGAUUUUCUUUGAUUAUGAAACAAUUUUAAAAAUAAUUAAAUCUGCUAGAUCUACUGUAGAUCUAGUUCAAUGUUUACCAUCUGGUUUGUAUGCAACUGUGAGAUGUAACUGCAAUUGAGUUGUUGAUGAAUCUCAGCAUUCAAUCUCUAUCAGUUAAUCAAUAACAGAAUCAGACAUGAGUUGAGAAUAGCAAUAAUGAGUAAAACUUUAAGAACCAUAGGUCCAACUUGACUUGUUUUUCCCAAAGCAGCAGUGUAAUUACUCCAAUUAACUUUGGCCUGUGGGGCUAAUGAAAUACUGGAUAACUUCAUGGAACUGAACUUAAAGUUUAAUCAAACAUAACAUUUAAUUAUGUGGUUGUAUAACAUAAUGCUUCUUUUCAUAAAUCUUUGGAUCAUUUGGAAUUUCACUUUUUUUCUUUCCUCUGGAUUGUAGUGUAGAAGGGUGGGCACAUUAGUAAUUGAAAUAAAUUAGCCCACUGAAAAUCAAAGGCUCAAGAUGCUGGAACUCUGAAAAGCAGAAUAUUUUGGUACACUGAGCAGGUCAGGCAGCUCAUCUGUGGAAAUAGAAACAUAGUUAACAUUUCAAGUUGAAGACCCUUCAUCAGAAUAGGCAGCAUAUGUGGAAAGAGAAACAGAGUUAACAUUUCAUGCCAAAGAUCCUGCAUCAAAUAUUCCCAGCUCCUUCAUCCUGAAACAUUGACUUUGUUCCUUUUUCCACAGAAUCCACCUGACCUGUUGACUGAUUCCAAAAAAAAUUCUCUUUAAAUUAACUACUUCUCAAACAUCAUUUAGAUAGGUUAACAGCUGAAAUGUUUACAUACUGGAUUCCAUGUUUACAAGUAUUUCAAUGCAAAUUACAAAUGCAGCAUUGAAACUGCUUUACAGACAGCUGGUGAUUGACUGUGUUGCAUUCUCUGCCCCUAACUGAGAUCCAACAUUGAAAGAGCUAAGUUCUGUGCAUCUUGUUAUUAAAUGGGAUGUCAUUUACAUUUGUUUUAACAUGAGUUCAGUUGACAAUAUUGCCUCAUUUAAUUUUCACCUUUCCUGUGAUGGGAAAAUAUUCAAAAUAUUUCCAAAGUUAUGUCUACAAAGUGCAAUGAAAAAUUCGGGGAUACAUUUCCAUGAGUAUGUAAUCUCAAUAUCUACCUGCAUAACAUGUAUGUCCAAUACCAGUUCCCAGUUCCUUUUCCGCAGUUCACUGUACGAGUUUUCAUAUAGUAUCUGCUGAUAAGCUACGGUAGCCCAGUGGUUAAGUUACUGGACUAAAAAGAGGUCUGGACUAUUAAUCCAGAGUCAUGAGUCUGUGUUCUAUCAUAGCAGCUUGGUAACUUUUGAGGGGGGGGGGGGGGGAAAUCAAAAAAAAUUCUCAUUAUUGCUAACCAUGGAACCACUGGAUGUUAUUAAAAAAGCAUCUGGUUCACUGGCAUCUUUCAGAGAAGCAAAGUUGCUGUCCUUACCUAUGUGACUCCAGAUGCACCCAUGUGAUUCAUUCUUAACUACCUCAGUUCAGGGGCAAUUAUGGAUGGACAAUAAAUGCUGCUAGUGCCAAAGUCUACAUCUUGCAAGCCAAAUAAAUUAUAUAAAAAACAACGCAAUGUCUGCCAAUGUAUUGUGGGUACAUGCCAUUUUUUGCGUGGGGUUCUUCCCAGGGAAUAUAAUCUCUUCAGGUUAUUUUUUGUUAUCUGCACAUAUUUUUUGCAGGAAGCAUUACUUGAGAAUUUAUCUUCAUCAGAAUAGAUACCUAUAAACAAUUAGCUUUCAAUGUAUAAUAUCCAUUACACUUAAAAAAGAAUGUAAUCAAAAACAAAAUAUAAUAAUUAAACAGAACUUUAUCCUGAGACAAGGAUAAUGCAUGUGCACGUUUUCUGACCUCUUGCAUUCUCUACAUUUUGUUUUGAAAAUGGCUGCAUUAAUUGAACACAAGUAAUGUUAUCAUAAUUAAUGUUUAAUAAUGUAAAUAUUUUUACAUGAACAAUAAUGUGUUUUGCUACACUGACUGCAAGUAGGUCUAUCUGAAUGGUGGACAGCUUUCUUGUUUUCCUUUUAUUUUGGUUGUAGAAUGUUAUGAUCAAACAACAAUGGAGUAGUCUGUUACCAUUUCUCAUCAUUAUUGGCUAAUGUGCCCAGUGUAAUUUUUUAAUAAGUUUUAGAAGUCUACCCUUCCAUGACCAGUGAUUUCCCAAUUCCAGUACACAGUACAACAUAUUUCUUAGAAAUAUUACAAUCAAAUGCCAGGGGAGUACACCAGAGACAGACACCAAAGAAAAAAGUAGAAGUGGUUACAAUGAAAGCUCACCUUUGACAUUUAAUGGAGAAAAGGAGAAUUCAAAUUAAGAGCCAUUCCCAAUGUGACUGUCGCCUUUUAAAAAAUAUUUAAUAACUUUAGCAUAUUCAUUGGCUAGCCUUUUAGAUCAGAUGUGAGGGAUUGCUUCUUAGCUUCAUAUUGAUUGAAAUGAUAUGUUCACAUACUUGGCUAGUUUUGGAAUAACAACUGGGGUAGCAUCAGAAUUAGGUCCCUGAAUGUCCUGAAUUGCCUUUUAAGUCUCUGAGAUAGUGGUUCUUUUGCAAGGAUACCACUUAUGGUAUUCUGAGGUGGCUGACCAAAGGCCUCAUCAUGGAUGAACUUGUGUAGGAAGUGUCAGAAGCAUUAGUAUAAGGAUCAGAUCUUAUGAGGAAUAAUAUCAGUGCUCAUAACAUAUGAUGCAAUUAAAUUGUGCCCUAUAUAUAGUCCUAAGUAUGUUUAUAGAAAAUGUCCGUGUCAGUAUUGGACUGCAAUUAAUUUUUAUUUUUAUUACAUGAGAUGUUCCUUAAAACUUGUAGUUCCACUUGGACUUGUUAACAUGACACUGUCUCUGUUAACCUGGCAGAAUCCUUAAACAUACUCACUCACAUUUUACUUAUCGAGUGCUUUUUUGCCCUGAGGCCUUCAAGGAACUUUAAUGUCAGUGUUGUUUGAGUGCACUUGCUAGUCAACAAAGAUCUACUGGAGGUCUGUAUUUGUCUCUCUCCACUUUUCUUGGAGAUCUCCACAUGAAGA